AUGGCCGAUUUAAUUCGGGCUAUGGGAGCUCCGAUCGGACCCCCAGUAAAGGAUAAGCUGGGGUCUCCAUCGACAGAGUCCGAGGAUGGCGGGGGUGAUAUCGCAGAGUUAGCGGCGGAUUUGGAGCUGGAUGAAGCUGAUGGGCCCAGCACUAAUGGUGAGAGACAAGCUGUGCUAGCUCCACCAGAGACUGAAUGGUAUCAUGGUCGGCUGGAUAGAUAUACUUCUGAAGAAAGACUUUGGGCUGCAGGAAAACUUGGCAGUUAUCUUGUACGAGAGAGUGAUCGAAAACCAGGAUCAUAUGUCUUGAGUUACUUGGGCCGCACUGGAAUCAAUCAUUUCAGAAUAACUGCGGUAUGUGGCGACUAUUAUAUCGGCGGUCGUCAGUUCGAUUCACUGACGGAGCUGGUGGGCUUCUACAGCCACUGCUCGGAUCUCCUGAAGAGGGAAAGACUUGUGGAACCCGUGCCACCACCUGAACCUGUUAAUGAUAAAAAGAGAGUAGUAGCCAUACUGCCUUAUACGAAGAUGCCGGACACAGACGAGUUAACCUUCCAAAAAGGUGAUAUAUUCUUCCUCCACAAUGAUAUGGGGGAUGGCUGGCUCUGGGUCACUGCUCAUAGAACUGGGGAACAAGGAAUGAUCUUCAGAGAGUUGGUAGAGGACCUUGAUCCUUCAAUCGAUCCUAAUACUGUCUUCUCAUGGUUCCAUCCGAACUGCACCAAGAGUGAAGCAGUCGACAUGCUAGUCAAGGCUGGUCCAGGGAGCUUCCUCGUCAGACCCUCGGACAACUCACCCGGAGACUACUCCUUGUUCUUCCACAUCAAUAACCAGAUUCAAAGGUUCAGGAUAGAGAAGAAAGGAGUCAGGUAUCUCAUGGGAGGCAGGACCUUCGAAUGCUUGGAUGCUGUCAUCAAUAGGUACAGGAAGGAGCAGAUUGUUGAAGGACAUACUUUAGGACAACCGCUGAUUGCAGAAGGCCAUGUGAUCGAACCGCAACAGAACACAACUGGGGCAGCGGCUGAGAAGAUUUACGCUACACUGCGAGAAUGUCGUGACCAGAUAGGCCUCAAGAAGACUAAAGGCAUCAAACACCAAGGCUACUUAAACAAGAAGUCGGAUAAGGGAGCCAAGAAAUGGAAGGCUUUGUACUUUGUCCUUCUGCAAGAGGGGACUGACACGCAUCUGUACUUCUAUGACUCUCCAAAGAGGACUAAGCCUAAAGGACUGAUUGAUCUCUCCUGUGCCUAUCUAUAUCAGUGCCACGAAUCGCUCUGGGAGCGUGAAUUUUGCUUCCAACUAGUCGAGCGAGCGUUGCCUUGCUUGUCGACCCAUACUUUCCUCGCGGCUAACUCCGCCAGCGAGGAACGCGCCUGGCUCGAUGCCUUACGACCACUCUGUGUGCCUCAGCAAGCUAGACAUCAGUGCAAGGUGGCCCGCGUGGUGUGGCUCCGUGCGCUGCGCGUCCGUUGCCUGACGGCGCACCGGCUGCCGGCCCGGCUGGCGCCGCGCCCGCACCUGCGCCUGGCACUGGGCGCCGCCCCCGUCGCAUCCACUAAGCCACGCCCAUCUCCAGACCCACACUGGGAUGAUGAAUUCGUUUUUGACGAUGUGCCUCCAGAUGUAACUUCCUUCACGAUCACGGUUCAUAAUACGGGCAAGAGAGGAAAGGAAUCUGAGGUCGCAGAAUUAACCAUCGAACUAGCGAAUCUCGCGAAUGGCGAAGAAAUCGAAGAAUGGUAUCCGCUGGCGGGCAUGACUCCGAUCGGAGAGUGGGGCUCUCUAAGAUUGCGUAUAAGAUAUAUGCAAGAACUGGUGAUGCCUCGAGAAGAGUACAAUCCAUUGCGUCAACUUCUACUGGAGCCGGGUCUACCAGCUGUCAAAGCUUUGGCGGAUCUCUGCCGUACUGACAGACAACCGUUGGCUACUUCGCUGCUGCACGCGUUCACGGAGUGCGGGCGCGGCGCGGAGCUGGCGCGCGAGCUGGUCAGUGCCGAGGUGGCGCGCGAGACCGACCACCGCGCCAUGUUCCGCGCCGCCUCGCUCGCCACCGCGCUCGUCGACGAGUUCAUGCGGGCGCACUGCAAGCCAUUCCUGCAGGCGGCGAUUUCGGAAACCGUACAGAGAUUAAUCGACGCGAAACAAUCGGCUGAAUUGAAUCCUACGAAAAUGGACUCACCCGACGAUGCGUGUAACAACGCUGAAUUCCUUCUCAUGAUACUCGAUCAGAUAACUCUGUCGAUCUUCACGUCCCCGGAGGCGUGUCCCCGGCCGGUGCGCUACCUGUGUGGCUGCCUGCAGCGCGCCGCCGUCGCCAAGUGGCCCAAUGAACGCUUUGUUAGGACCAGGGUCGUCUCCGGCUUCAUCUUCCUCCGCCUGAUCUGCCCUGCACUAGUGGAGCCCCGUGGCUGGGGCCUGGUGUCGAGCUCCCCGCCGGCGCACGCGCAGCGCUCGCUGCUGAUGGUGGCCAAAUGUCUGCAGAACCUCGCCAACCUUGUGGAGUUUGGAGCCAAGGAGCCAUAUAUGGAAGUAGUCAAUCCAUUUAUUCUCAAGAACAAGGAGCGAAUGGUCGUGUUCUUGGAUCAGCUGAGCAAUGUGCCUGACCCUGGAAACCCACCACCAAAUACCAACAACAAUUUUGAUAUUGCUAAAGAACUAGCAACUCUGCAUCACAUAUGCGUCUCUCACCUGACUGAGUUGCAAGGACUGGCGAAGACUCAGCCGGCUAUAAGGAAACUGGUGACCGUCACUGAGAUGCUCACCAAACAUAAGCAUAAGUAUCUCGAGAUGAUCAGAUAG